GUUACCUUAACUCAGUGUGUGUUAGGCUGUGGAGCUGUGUAGGUGGUGUGUGGUUCUCUGGUAGCCGGUACGCGUUAAAUAAUUAUAAUUCGGAUUGAAUAGUGAUGUGCAAGUGAUACGUUUCUCUUCUCUCGAUAGUCAAAGUCGCACCAGAGCAUCCGUAGCUCAGUGAUAUACCACUUUUCAUCCGAACCGAAGCAGCCGGCCUUCCAGAUGGAGUGCGGAGUGUCCGCGGCGUACUCGGCGGCCAACGGCAGCUCACCGAACGGCAUCAUGGCAGACGUGCGCGGUGAGCGCAGCCCGGCCAAGUCGGGCCUGCACGUGCACUUUCCCGAGAAGGGCGAGGUCAAGGAGCGCCGCGAGAAGUUCCUCACCGCCAAGUACGGCACGCACCAGAUGAGCCUCAUCCGCAAGCGCCUCGCCGUCGAGAUGUGGCUGUACGACGAGCUGCAGAAGCUCUACGAGCCAGCGGAGAACUCUAAGACUCGCGAAGUGGAAGUGGAUAUCGACGAGCUUCUAGACAUGGACAGCGACGAUCAGAGGCGGCGACAUCUGCAGGAGCUCCUCGCUGAUGCAAAGAAGUCACCUCAUGAUGUGAAAAAGUUUGUAGAAGAUCUGCUGGAAAGGGCCAAGACGCUUUGAAACCAGCAGUAAACUGAGGCCAGACAAGCCCAUCUUGCAGGAGAUUGAAACACCAAGGAAUAUUGGCUGCCAGGCACACAUAACAGCCUUUCACACGUUCGUGCUCCCUGUAUUCCACUUUCCUCCUGCAAGCAUUUGUAUGUGUGAGUGUGUGGCGUGUGCAUGUGUGUAUGUGCACUUCUGUGCUUCACUUUUAUUUAUGCCAGUUAAAAGAAUUGUUUUGUAAAAUAUCAGUUGAUUUUACUAGUAGGCCAGCUCACAUGUAUUAAAUGAUACUUGUGGAUAGAUUAUUGCUUGAAGACUGCAGUGAUUUUAUAAACUGGUGCUCGUAAUUAAAUAUAGCUGGAAUAAUGUUUCCGAUUUGGCGAUGUGCAUCUUUUAUCAUAUUUGAACUGAAUGUUUCCAUUGUUUGCAUCUGGUUUACUGUGCUUGUUUUUUCCUGUACAAUAAAUACACAACAAGAGACUUCAGAGUCAGUCUAUAAAGAGGAGUCGUGAGAUUUUUAUUCAUCUCAAAUUUUGAUUACUUAUAUAGUCAGAGCUGAGCAAAAAUUUUGUGUCAUAUUUCACUAUUUACAGCAACACUUAAAAAAAAUUCACAGGUACUUAAAUUAUUAUUGUUGUCAUUGAUGAUGUUUAGUAUACACUGUGAGGAACUCUAAAUUUCUAGAAUAUAAAAAUAUUUUACAUUUGUGCCUUGAGUUUUAGGCUUAUUAGUUGAUAAAUUGAUUUUUAUGGUUAGUGUGUGCAGGACUAAUAUUAAAUAAGGAGUUAAUUAGUUGAGCAUUGAAAGAAAAAAUGAAAUUUUUAUUUACUAUCCUUACGUUUGAUAUAAAAAUUUACAUUCAUUAUUCUGUUUGCAUCAAUGCAUGAAGUUUGGUAAAUAAGAUAUUCUGAGUAAGUGCAGUCAUUAAAUCAGUGCCACCUCUUUUCUCAUAUCUAUUCAUGUAACUGAAUGUUGGAUUGCUGAUAACGCUUCAAAUGUGUUUCAGGUUAAGUUUAUUGCACUGCUAGUGCCCUUGUGUUAUUUUGAAGGUUUGGUUUUGCAUUACAACCUUUAUUUUAAAUCUGAAGAUGUACAUCUACUGCGGAAGACAAAAGUGUCACAUCAAAAACAAAUCUUAAGUUUUCUGGCUCACAGAAAGACUGUUUUCUUGUGUGUUUUAUGAACAUUGUACGAUGCAAAGAAGCCCUCAGAUUUUUAGUUUUUUUAAUUGAUUUUUCAUGUGCUACAUCUUAAUUGACUUGUUAGCACUGCCCCUGUCAUGGUAAAAAUACUAACACUAAAAAAAAAAUGUGUAAUAGGUUUAGAGUUACUGAGUUAUUAGCACAUUUAGAAACCGAACACAAGUCAUGUAACUAAAGUAAAGGUUUUAUAGUAGUGGUAUUGAGACCUCAUUUGACACAGAGUGAUAAAUAUACCUGUAUGUAACAACUUUUUUGCAGUAAGUAUUUGGUGUCAGUAGAAUGAGAUUCUCAUUGUAGAAAACACAUAGCUAGUCUCAUAAACCACCCAUUCUUACUUAAUUUUGUACCAUUGUUGUGUUAUCAAUUAUCUCAUGUAAUUCAAUUUUAUGCUAAAAUGCUGUACCAUGGUUACUGUUUAUACAAUGUUUUUUAUGAAACAUGUACAGUUUUGGAAAAAAAGAAAACCAACUUUUGAUAAACAAGCUUGUAAGAAGUGGUUGAAUUUUACUAUUCUAUUACAAGUGCAUACAAACACUUUGAAGCAGGCUUAUAUUAAUUAGCCAAAAGUAUCAACAUCAAAUGUAUGAAGAAGUGUUGUAUUAAUGACCAAAACAACUCUGCAUCAAAAUUAAACUGAUCUCAUAUGUAGUCCAAAAUGAAUAUUCAAACAGGUGUAAAUUUUUUGUCACAAAUAUGUAUUUUCUGAAGAACACACUGUUCCUUAAUGAAGCAUACUUUUAUUUCCCUUUAUUCUUUAAAGCAUUGUAUUUUGAGCAAUGUAAUGGCUACUUAUAAUAUGAAACAUAUUUGACUUCACUGGACAGAAAUCAGUAUAGUAUCAGAAUACUGUUAUGUGUCAUUAAUGAUUCCAGUAAACUGAUUAUAUAUGACUUAAUCUUGUUGUACCUUUUGAAUCAGUACUGAAAAUUCACAAUCAUUUAAACUGAUCCAAGCUAUGUUGGCAGUUAAUGUGCAACUGUAACAUGAGUAACGUCUUGAUUUCACUCUGUUGUAAUCUUCAUAUGAUGGAUUGAUUGCUGUUUUUGUAAAUAAAGUGAUCUCAAAGUACAUUACACACUUUAGUAGCUCAUUGAAUAUCCACUGUGAAACACAUCUUGAAGUUUUUUCAUUAGCUGCCAAUUUAAUGCGGCUUUAGUCAUAUAUUUACGAUAUUUAUCAUGUUAAUGUUAUUUUGUGUCCCACAAUUAUGUGAUGGGAACAGUUUGGCUUUAAAAUACACAAGAUAUGGUUAAUGUGAUAAUAUUGCUAUAAAAUUUGCAUAACUCCUUUAUCUCAGUUGUUCAUUGUACCUACAAUCACAAUCACAACUUCAAUUCAUUACAGUGUACAAUCUGAUGUGAAAUGCACAUUGGAAAAAAAAAAAAUAAUUAUAAAGCAACUAGGACACUUACAAGCCAGUGAUAGGUCUUGAAUUCCUAAGCCCACUGACAAACAAGUUCUUUGCGACAUCAUUUUUCUGGUUAUAAGUUAUAGUUUUCUAUUGGAAAAAGGUAGAAUUUCACCUUGUCUUCCACAUAAAUAAAUACUGCCAGUAUAAUAUAAUACAUUGCUCACAGAUGGAAGGCAUUAUUUUAAUACUAGUACUAUCAGGCAUUGUUUAAGAGUAGCUCUGGCCUUGACUUGAACAUUAAUAAUUUUGAAAUUCUGUAGCAAGGGGCUGUUAAGAUCAGCAAGAUGAAAGUCAACAGUUACAUUAGUAAAAGCUCUUACAGCAAAUUUCAAAAAUCUAUAUUAAAAUUAUGUUUAUAAAUAACUAUGUAUCCUUCAGUGGCUUCAAAACUCAUUUCAUAUUGUUACAAUAGUUUAUAAAAACAAACUAAAUAAAAAUAUCAGCAGUUUGUAGAUAAAUUAUUUGAAGAUUUUAACUAAAGCUGCAUUCUAAUAAUCUGAAUACAGACUUUCAUUAAAAGAGUAAGUUACUGUCGCUGGUUCAGCCAAAGUCAGAUUUCCUCUUUAUAAAUCAUGAUGAAAUGGCCUAAUUAAAAAAAAAGAAAAAAAAAUAAUUGAUUGCACUUACAGCAAUCUGCAUCAUUGGAAGGAUGACAGCACUGAAACAAUUUCA